AUGUCGAUGUCUGCUUCGUCUGAUUAUUUUGCUGCCGAGUGCCUGGUAUCGAUAUCUAGCGGUCCGGUCCUGCACAGACCCACCCCUGUCGCCUCCACCGGUCAGCCCGCCCCGGCGGGCCUUCUCCCCGGGGAGCCCGACGGCUCGAGCGAGGACCGGGAAGUGCGCGAGACGCUGCGGCUGGAAGGCACGAACAUGAUGACGGUGGCCGGUAUCCUCACGGACCUGCACAGCAAGUUCCGCCCCAUGUCGGCCUACUCGGAGAGCAGCAACUCGUCGUGCGGCGGGGAGAGCGGGUACACCACGUUGUCCGACCCCACCACCCCGACCAUGACCCCCUCCGCUACGCCCGUGCCCGGACAGCAGCAGUACCAGCUCAGGGGGUCAGGGGGGGUCGGGCCCUCGCGGUCUCCUGUGAAACGACACCAGUGCACCUUCGACGGAUGCGACAGAGUUUACGGGAAGUCGUCGCACCUGAAGGCACACAUCCGGACACACACAGGUGAGAGACCGUUCCCUUGCACCUGGCCCGACUGCGAGAAGAAGUUUGCUCGCUCCGAUGAGCUCGCCCGCCACACCCGCACCCACACGGGGGAGAAACGGUUCCAGUGCCCGCUGUGCGACAAGCGCUUCAUGCGCAGCGAUCACCUGAUCAAGCACGCUCGCCGUCACCCUAACUUCCAGCCCUCCAUGUUGGGGCGCAGCAGAAGCACCACUUCGGCUUCUAACCAAGUCGUUCAUAACUAGGCGGCGGUGCCAAGGCGACUUUAUCUCAACUUAACCAGCUACAAUCAAAUCCACUGUGUUCUACUCAAAGCAUGCACAUACACGACACGCAGAGCUGGGCGCUAGGGGUGUAGCAGCACCACCUCUGUCCACCUGCGUAAACUAGGGCUGGAUUCUCAACACAUUCCUUAACAGAACUCGACAAACAAAUUGUUUUAUUAUUUUUUUUAACUUUAGUUUUCAGUUCCCAGAAGCAGCUCUUUCGAUACUGCUGUCCGAGCGCGUGUGAAGUGUUUACAGAACGCCGGACUGGACUGAACCUUUGAAGGUGUAGCUUCACCACAGGCACAUGGUAAUGAUGCAGAGAAUUACUCACUGCAUAUAUGCAAGGGCAGACUAUAAAUACUGAUAAAAGUGACCACAGAAUGGCCGAUCAGUGGGUUACAUGUGCACAUUUAGUGAAAAAAAUGUUUUCCAAGACAACAUUUUUUUAGUAAAAUAACUAAAAAUGCCCCUCUGAUCAAAUAAGGUGCUUUACGUCAUUACAGAACGUCUGUAAAAAACCAGCCCUGAAAGGAAGCAGCUGUGAAACUCACCUGAUGCACCAAAACCUAAAACCAACACGGCUACAGAUAACAUCCACAACUCUUCCUCUUUUUUUGAACCAAAAACAGCUCACAGAAUACCUCAGUGUCUUUUACAGUCUCACGUCAGCACAGAACUUUCUUCUUUUGUUCUUUUGUGACACUUCAGUUCGUGAUAAGACCCAGAACCACAGACUAGGUUCUGGUUCUUAUCACCCAACCCUACAACAAAAAACA